CUCAGGGGUGGAAACCCUGCGGGUUGUGGGGGCUUACGUGGGAUGUUCAGAGGAGGUGCGGGUACUUGUCCAGCGUUCGGCCUCGGGGGUCCAGCCUGAGGUGGGAAGGGGCUCUGGAGCUGCAGGGAGGCAAGAUGACUUCUCUGCCCCAAGAUUGGAACAGCUGAAGGAAACCAAAGGACAAGAUGAGAACAACAAAGGUCUAUAAACUGGUCAUCCACAAGAAGGGCUUUGGGGGCAGUGAUGAUGAGCUAGUUGUGAACCCCAAAGUAUUUCCUCACAUCAAGCUUGGAGACAUUGUGGAGAUUGCUCACCCCAAUGACGAAUACAGCCCUCUGCUUUUGCAAGUCAAGUCACUUAAGGAAGAUUUACAAAAAGAAACUAUCAGUGUGGACCAGACUGUAACUCAAGUGUUCCGGCUAAGACCUUAUCAAGACGUAUAUGUGAAUGUUGUAGACCCUAAAGAUGUGACCCUUGACCUAGUGGAAUUAACUUUUAAGGAUCAAUACAUUGGCCGAGGGGAUAUGUGGCGACUAAAGAAAAGUUUGGUCAGCACAUGUGCCUAUAUCACCCAGAAGGUGGAAUUUGCUGGCAUCAGAGCACAGGCUGGUGAGCUGUGGGUCAAGAAUGAGAAGGUCAUGUGUGGUUAUAUCAGUGAAGAUACCAGGGUGGUGUUCCGUUCUACGUCGGCUAUGGUUUACAUAUUUAUUCAGAUGAGCUGUGAAAUGUGGGAUUUUGAUAUUUAUGGGGAUCUGUAUUUUGAGAAAGCUGUGAAUGGUUUCCUUGCUGAUUUAUUUACCAAGUGGAAGGAGAAGAACUGCAGUCAUGAAGUGACAGUGGUCCUGUUUUCUAGAACUUUCUAUGAUGCAAAAUCUAUUGAUGAAUUUCCUGAAAUAAAUCAGGCCUCAAUUCGACAGGAUCAUAAAGGGCGAUUCUAUGAAGACUUUUACAAAGUGGUGGCACAGAAUGAGAGAAGAGAAGAAUGGACUUCACUUCUAGUGACCAUUAAAAAGCUCUUCAUCCAGUAUCCAGUUUUGGUGCGACUGGAACAGGCAGAGGGCUUUCCUCAAGGAGAUAACUCUACCUCAGCACAAGGAAACUACCUAGAGGCCAUCAAUCUGUCAUUCAAUGUGUUUGACAAGCACUAUAUCAACCGCAACUUUGACCGAACGGGGCAGAUGUCUGUGGUGAUCACGCCUGGGGUGGGUGUCUUUGAAGUGGACCGCCUACUCAUGAUUUUGACCAAGCAGCGGAUGAUAGAUAAUGGAAUUGGUGUGGACUUGGUGUGUAUGGGAGAGCAACCGUUACAUGCUGUCCCAUUGUUCAAGCUACACAAUCGGAGUGCUCCUAGAGAUUCUCGACUGGGUGAUGACUAUAAUAUUCCUCACUGGAUAAAUCACAGUUUCUACACAUCCAAAAGCCAGCUCUUUUGUAACAGUUUCACCCCACGAAUUAAACUGGCCGGAAAGAAGCCUGCCUCUGAGAAAGCAAAAAAUGGCCGUGAUACAUCUCUUGGGACUCCGAAAGAAUCUGAGAAUGCCCUUCCCAUCCAAGUCGAUUAUGAUGCCUAUGAUGCUCAAGUGUUCAGGCUGCCUGGCCCAUCCCGGGCUCAGCGCCUCGCCACAUGCAGGUCUGUUCGAGAGCGGGAGAGUCACAGUCGUAAGAGUGCCAGCUCUUGUGAUGUCUCAUCCAGUCCUUCCCUCCCAAGCCGUGCACUACCCACUGAGGAAGUGAGAAGCCAGGCUUCUGACGACAGCUCCCUGGGCAAGAGUGCCAACAUCCUGAUGAUUCCACACCCCCAUCUGCACCAGUAUGAAGUCAGCAGUUCCUUGGGCUACACCAGCACUCGAGAUGUCCUGGAGAACAUGAUGGAGCCACCACAGCGGGACUCCAGUGCACCAGGGAGGUUCCAUGUAGGCAGUGCAGAGUCCAUGCUACAUGUUCGACCUGGUGGAUACACACCCCAGCGAGCGCUGAUUAACCCUUUUGCCCCCUCACGGAUGCCCAUGAAGCUCACCUCCAAUAGAAGGCGUUGGAUGCACACUUUUCCUGUGGGACCAUCUGGAGAGGCCAUUCAAAUCCAUCAUCAGACCCGGCAGAAUAUGGCGGAGCUGCAAGGCAGUGGGCAGAGGGAUCCAACUCACUCCUCUGCAGAGCUUUUGGAGUUAGCAUAUCAUGAAGCUGCUGGAAGGCACAGCACUUCCCGCCAGCCUGGUGACGGCAUGUCCUUCUUGAACUUCAGUGGAACAGAAGAACUUUCUGUCAGCCUGCUUAGCAACAGUGGUGCAGGUAUGAAUCCUAGGAUUCAGAAUAAGGAUUCUCUAGAGGACAAUGUUUCUACCUCUCCAGACCCCAUUCUGACACUGUCUGCUCCCCCUGUAGUGCCAGGCUUCUGUUGCACAGUUGGAGUGGACUGGAAGUCUCUCACUACUCCGGCAUGCCUCCCCCUCACCACCGACUACUUCCCUGACCGCCAGGGCCUGCAGAAUGACUACACAGAAGGCUGCUAUGAUCUUCUACCAGAAGCAGACCUGGACAGGAGGGAUGAGGAUGGUGUGCAGAUGACAGCCCAGCAGGUGUUUGAAGAGUUCAUUUGCCAGCGCCUCAUGCAGGGUUACCAAAUCAUAGUGCAGCCCAAGGCACAGAAACCCAACCCUGCUGUCCCACCCCCGUUGAGCAGUAGCCCACUCUAUAGUCGAGGUGAUGCCUUGUGUCCCCGAAACCGCCCUGAGGAGGAGGACCAGUAUUGGUUGAGUAUGGGCAGAACUUUCCACAAAGUGACACUGAAGGACAAGAUGAUCACAGUAACUCGAUACCUUCCCAAGUAUCCUUAUGAAUCCACCCAGAUCCACUAUACCUACAGCCUGUGCCCUUCACACUCAGAUUCAGAGUUUGUCUCCUGUUGGGUGGAAUUCUCUCAUGAGCGACUAGAGGAGUACAAGUGGAAUUACUUAGAUCAGUAUAUUUGUUCUGCGGGCUCUGAGGAUUUCAGCUUAAUUGAGUCUCUGAAGUUCUGGAGGACCCGCUUCCUGCUUCUGCCGGCCUGUGUCACAGCCACCAAGCGCAUCACAGAGGGGGAGGUCCACUGUGACAUCUAUGGGGAUAGACCCCGUGCAGAUGAGGAUGAGUGGCAGCUCCUGGAUGGCUUUAUUCGCUUUGUGGAGGGCUUGAACCGGAUCCGCAGGCGGCAUCGCUCAGAUCGCAUGAUGCGGGGGACCACCAUGAAAGGCUUGCAGAUGACUGGGCCCAUUUCCACACACUCCCUUGAGUCAACAGGCCCCACUGCUGGGAAGAAAACCUCGGCUCUCUCUGCCUUGCUGGAGAUGGAGGCCAGUCAGAAGUGCCUGGGAGAACAGCAGGCAGCUCUGCACAGUGGAAAAAGCUCUACCCAAUCAGCUGAAAGCAGUGUUGCCAUGACUCCCACCUAUGUGGACAGCCCACGAAAGGACGGGGCCUUCUUUAUGGUUGUCCGCAGCCCACGCACAGCAUCGUCUGCCUUCUACCCUCAGGUAUCUCUGGACCAAACUGUCACUCCGGUGUUGGAUAGCACCAGUUUGGGGGUAAGCACAGGUCAAUCUGUGGACAGAGGCAACAGCCAGACCUUUGGGAACGCUCAGAACAUAGGAGAACAGGCCUUUCUGUCUGCAAACUCUAGUGACAGCAGCUCUCAGCAACAGGCAGCAAGCUCUUUGACAUCAUCUUCCACCCUGGUGGAAAUCCUGGAAGCCAUGAAGCACCCCUCGACAGGAGUUCAGUUGCUCUCUGAACAGAAGGGCCUUUCACCAUGCUGCUUUAUCAGUGCUGAGGUGGUGCACUGGCUGAUGAACAACGUGGAUGGGGUCCAGACACAGGCAAUGGCCAUCGACAUCAUGCAGAAAAUGCUGGAAGAGCAGCUCAUCAUGCAUGCGUCUGGUGAAGCCUGGCGGACCUUCAUCUAUGGCUUCUAUUUCUACAAGAUAGUAAUGGACAAAGAGCCUGACCGAGUGGCCAUGCAGCAACCCACUGCCACCUGGCACACUGCAGGUGUGGAUGACUUUGCCAGCUUCCAGCGCAAGUGGUUUGAGGUGGCCUUUGUGGCAGAAGAGCUCUUACACUCUGAGAUUCCAGCCUUCCUCUUGCCCUGGCUACCCAGCCGGCCAGCCUCCUAUGCAAGCAGGCAUAGCUCCUUUAGCCGCAGUUUUGGAGGACGGAGCCAGGCAGCUGCACUUUUAGCUGCCACUGUCCCAGAGCAGAGAACUGUGACCCUGGAUGUUGAUGUGAACAACCGGACAGACCGGCUAGAAUGGUGCAGCUGUUACUACCAUGGUAACUUCUCCCUGAAUGCAGCCUUUGAGAUCAAGCUACACUGGAUGGCAGUGACUGCCGCUGUGCUCUUUGAGAUGGUCCAAGGUUGGCAUCGAAAAGCUACUUCCUGUGGCUUUUUGUUGGUACCAGUAUUGGAGGGUCCUUUUGCACUGCCCAGCUACCUGUAUGGUGAUCCCCUUCGAGCCCAGCUCUUCAUCCCGCUCAAUAUCAGCUGCUUGCUCAAGGAGGGCAGUGAACACCUAUUUGAUAGCUUUGAACCAGAAACAUAUUGGGAUCGAAUGCACCUUUUCCAGGAAGCCAUUGCACACAGGUUUGGAUUUGUACAAGAUAAAUAUUCUGCCUCUGCAUUUAACUUCCCUGCUGAGAACAAGCCUCAGUAUAUCCAUGUUACAGGAACAGUGUUUCUGCAGCUGCCCUACUCCAAGCGCAAGUUCUCAGGGCAGCAGCGGCGGCGGCGCAACUCCACCAGCUCCACCAACCAAAACAUGUUCUGUGAGGAGCGGGUUGGCUAUAACUGGGCCUACAACACCAUGCUUACCAAGACUUGGCGCUCUAGCGCCACAGGGGAUGAGAAGUUUGCAGAUCGUCUGCUGAAGGACUUCACAGAUUUCUGCAUCAACCGUGACAACCGACUGGUUAUGUUCUGGACAAGUUGCUUGGAAAAGAUGCACGCUAGUGCCCCAUAAAGCCAGGCCACAUCGGGCUCAGAAGGCUUUGCACAUACUGUGGGCAGAGGAUUCAGGUCAGGUUCUGGGUGUCAGGUGUCAGUUUGCCUCUGCUGGUGAGUAGGGGCCCUAACUUCUUUGGCCUCCCACAAGUAUUCUAUUCUCUGGAGGAGAAAGACUUGGGCAGUAGAUGCUGCUGCUACCACCACCCAGAUCCUAUCAACAAGUGCCCAAAGCAGGUGGGAGGCACAGGUUGUCUGUGGGAGGACUUUAGUAUCUGGCAAAGGGGGCAGGCACUCCCUGUGAAUGUCUCUGGAGAAGGGGUGGCUCUUGUUAGUAUCCUUUUCCUCCACCAUCCAUGGACUAAUCAGAACAGAAUCUGCUGCUUCCUGCCCAGGAGUAUGCACCGUGUGUAAGAGAAUUCUGUGAAAUAAUGUACCAUAGACUCAAGCCAACUGUACAUACCUGUACAUAUCAGAAAGGAAAUAAAGCUCCAUGUGCAGCAUCUCUAUUGCCAGCCUCAUUCCUGGCAGCAACAACCCCUCUGAACUCGGCAGUUGUGUCCGGUCUAUGCAGUAGCCACAGAUGGUGAGGACUCCAGAAUGCACUGACUUGGAGAGGGGCUGUGAGUUAACUGAAAGAUUUGUUUUCACAAGCCCUUGGGCAGGAGUAAGGUUGCUUCUGAUCAGGACUAGUGAGCACACAGUACAGUAUAUUCGGUAACUAACUGUAGGCUUUUGAUGUGAGAGGUUAUUCUUGCUGAGUGGGUAAGCCCAGCUCUGGCAUGCAGACAUCAUAGCAUUCUGAAAAAUGUCUAAGGAAAGGCCUCUAUUUAACUCAACUUCAGUUUGGGUUCUACUGUUUUUCAGGACAUGACUCAGCAUGGUGCCUCAAACGAUGGUCUGGGGGCUGGGGUUGGGGGUGUCACAGGCCAGAGGGAUAUGGCAGCAUUUAUAGCCACUUCCUCUUCCAUCUCUCCACCUGGAGUUAAUCACAUGCCCUGUUGAUUUACCUCCUCAGUACUUUUGCUCAUUCAUUCACUUCUCCCCAGGCCUUUGAAGUCCAGUCUUCCUUUGCCUUUGUCUUGCAUUCCUAGGAAAACUUAACUUGCCUCUGCUUUCACGUCUGCAUUUUUCCCUAGGAAGUUGGGGGCAUUAGAAUUCUUCAAUGAUUCGAACUUCCAAAAUUAUAGAUUUAGACAUAGGGAUGUAGCUCAGUGGUAAAAUGCUUGCUUGCCUAGUAUGUUUGAGGCCCUGGGUUUGAUGCCCAGCACUGCCCAAAACAAGAAUGUGGCCCUGACCAACCUGGUCUCUUGCCAUUGUUUAGUCCCUGGAACUUAAACUUGACCAACUCAGAUCCUUUGCACACAAGAUCCAUCUGAACUUUUUUGCAAUCCUAAGGUGCAUUUGAAAGAAAAGAUUUUUUUUUAAUACAUGUGAAAGUGUAGUGGUUAAUUCCUGGCUUGGAGCCUUUUUUCACCUUUCCUUCCCUUGGACAAACCAUUGCUUCUAAGCGUCAGUCUUUUAAUCUGUAAAAUAAGAAGCUAUAUCCUGGAGUAGUUGGAGGAUCCAAAUACAGAUGGAUGUGAAAGGAUAAUGAGAGUAACAGUUAUUGCUCUCUCGUGGCUAUUCUCACAAUCCUGGAUAGGAGUCUUCUACACCAUGCUCCCAAGCCAGCUUCCUGAGUGAUAGUACUGGCACAACUGCUGCUGUUCACACCAUGUAGCAUGACCCUGGUGUUCCUCAGUAUCCAGUGUAUGAGAUCAUCAUAUGCCCCUACUUUCUGCCACUCUUCCAGAGAUGAUUCAGGAAAACAGGGAUCAGAGAGUGAUCUGGCAGAAGAAGGGGCAGCUGUUGAGUUAGGAUGCUGUAUCAUUUAUCUGUCAGAGCUGAACCCAAAACACACUGGUCCUUGAGCCCCCGCUUUCUGCUUGCUUGCAUUCCUCUUUUUUUGUACCAGGGAUUGAAUCCAUGGGUAUUUAAACACUGAGCCAUGUCCCCAGCUCUUUUUAGUUUGAGGCAGGGUCUUGCUAAGUUGCUUAGGGCCUUGCUAAAUUGCUGAGGAUGGCUUUGAAUUUGUGAUUCUCCUGCCUCAGCCUCCCAAACUGCUGGUAUUACCACUGUGCCUGACCUCUACAUUCCUCUUUUUGAUGGGUAUUUCCUUCCACCCACUUAGGCCAGCCAGAAUUUACAGUCUUAAUUCAGUGCCUCCCUCCUCCAUCAUCAUUCAGUUCUCCCACCUAUCCAUCCAAACUUACCUUCAGAUCUGCCCACCUGCUUUCAUCCCUGCUGCCCAGGUUCAGAGCUCACCCUCAAGGAAGGGAUGAUUUGGUUAAUGUAUCCCCUACCUCCAAAUUUCAUGUGUUGGAAACAAUCCCUACACUCGUGUUUGUAGUAUUUGGGAGGUAGGGCUUUUGGAAUGUAAUAAGGAUUACAGGAUGGCAUUGGUGACUUUGUUGGAGAUGGAAGUGAGACCUCAGCUAGUGUGUUGUCUCUGUCUUGCCAUGUGAUGAUGCCCUUUACCCUGUUAUGAUGUAGCAAGAAGGCCAGUGCAAUGCUCUUGGAUCUCAGGCUCCAGAACCAGGAGCCAAAUAAACUUUUAUUCUUUAUAAAUUAUCUGAUCUCAGGUAUUUUGUUAUAGCAACAGAAAACAAACUAAGACAUAUAUGGCAGAUGUUUGCAUGCAGACCAGGUAUAUAGACAUGGAUAACCAUGCCUUUGUAUAAACGAAAAAGCAAUGGACUCGGGACCAAGAGAACCUGGGUCUGAAUCUCAACCUUGCCAUUUGUUAGUGGUAAACAUUUGAGAUGGUCUGUUCCCUGAGCCUAUUCUCCUCAACUCCUGUACACACACACACACACACACACACACACACACACACACACACAUGCACACACACCCCUCCUACUGUUGCUCUUCUAUACAAUGAUAUUGUACUUAUCUGCUGGCCAUUUCAGGUCACUUGACUGGAUAUUUACUGAAGGCAGAUACUAGACCACCAGUCUCUCUAUCCCCCUUGCAUGUAAUUUCUGGCAUGUACUGUGGUAAAUGUCAUUUAACAAUAAAUGUCAUUAAUUUCUAUUUCCUAUUUCCAUUUCUGCUUAGACAGGAAACUCAUCUAGUCAAACCCUGGGAUGGGUUCUGCAUCUAUGACCACUAUCAUGUGUUCAUGUUGCCCUUGGCAGCUGGUACCCUUGUGUGACCCCCUUAGAUGAGAAGACUUUGCAGGGCAGGGCCCCUCUUAGGUGAUAGGGUCAAUCUGUGACACUCUGUGAGGUUGGAUCAAAGGCAUCUCUGCUGGUUCCACUCGAGUCUGCUCACUAGAGUUGUCAAGCAACUCUAGGAUGGCAAAUCCUAUCCCUCUGCAGGACUGGCUGCAUACUUUGCUAUAGGCUGCUGUGGUUUGAAUUGGUCCUAGAGUUCAUGUAUUUGAAAUGUAAUCCCCAAUGCAGCAGGUAUGAGCAAUGGGAUGCUUCAGAAGGCAUUUGUUCAUAAGGACUCUACAGUCAUGAAAUGAUUAAUGCUGUUACUGUGGGAGUGGGUUGUUUAUUGCCAUGUUGGGAUUGUUAGAAAGGUGAAUUCAUCCCUCUCUUGCCCCUUUGCUUUGUGUCACAAGAUGACACAGCAUGGAGAGUCUCACCAGAUGCUAACACCUUUACGUUGAUCUUUUUGAUUCUUGAAUGAAUACAUUUAUCUUCCUUAUAAAUUAUCUAGUCUCUGGGAUUCUGUUAUAUUUGCACAAAAACAGUCCUGAGACAGAGCCAAGCAAAGAGAAAAUGCAGAAGUCCUUAUGUAAAAACCAUAAGGAAAAUGAUUCUAGGUACUGAAUUGUGAAACUUUUCCCUUAAAAUAUUUUAUUAUUUAUAUGGCAAAUACAAGUAAUGAAGAUACAUGAGAAGUAACAUAAAUUUACACAUAAGUAAUGUUUUUGGUGACAACCUUUAUACACUACAAAAAUAACACUUUCCCAAUAUUAGCUUGAUAUUGCCUACUUUUAUGUACAUUUGUUAAUUAUAUCAUGAAAAUGUUUAUUUUUAGCAAUUUUGUUAAUGGAUACACUUGACAGCAUCAGUCACUUUUGGCAACUGCAAGAAUAACAAAUAAGUUCAAUAAUUUAUGAUUUUGGAGGAGAAUCUUUUCUGUUGCUUUAACCUAUGAAUUGAGCUUGUAAGGAAUUUUCCUGGGCUGUAACACCAGAUAAAUUUCUGAUCAGUUGUAUCAAAAUAUAACUUUAUUAUACCUAUAGCUAAUGAUUUUUGUGGAAUAGUUUUUCCUUUUUUUUUGAUUAUGAACAUUUUUAUUUUGCAACAAAUAAUUUCAACAAUUUUUCAGUGGCAUCAAAUAAAUAAGACACAUUUUAAUGUAAAGCCAAAAUAUUGCAUAUUCAUUUCACAAGUUGAUUCUAAAUUCCUGGCUUAUACAAAGUACCUGUUAACUUUUACCAUUUAUACAGAAAUAUAGUAGUUACUAUAGAAUACACAAAUAUGGUGAGAAAUAUUCAAUGUCCACUUCAAAAGUUCAUUACUAUUUUAUGAACAUAUGUGAUCCAAACAAUUUUGGAAGAUACAUCUACAGAGUCCUCAUGAACCAUGACUUCAUUUAGUUUAGAAGAUUGUUCUCCAGACAAUAUUCUGUAAUACAGUUUGUUUCCAUCCAUGUUCUAAAUGAAUGUCAGAGAAGAAGAAUCAGCAGGUAUAUAUCUUGUGGUCCCCAACUUUAUCUCCAUCAAUU